GGAAGAUUUUUUUUUAGCCGUCCGUCCCCGUCAUGCAAGUGUACUAGAUCUAACCAUUUAUCAGCUCCUGCAACUACCAGAGCCACGUCGCAGUAAAAAGUAGUUCUAACCCUCAAGAUCAAGACAUGGUCCUCGGCCUCGGUGGAGCUUCCUCCCCCUCAGCGCCAGGCGCCGUGGGGUUCGUUUCCACCACCUCAGAACUUAACAAUGCGAACUACGUUGUCGCACCAGAUCAACAAGAGGAUGAAUACCGAGAGGAACUGAUUGAACGGGUUACUGUUUGUCGCGCUCAGCUAGAAGAACGAGAAUUGUAUCUCGCCACCGUCACGGACCAAGUAGAAAACACACGGAACAACCUCAACCGAACCUAUGACAUAGCGCGACGGCAGAUGCUUGGAUAUGGCGGCAGUGGAGGUGUUGGUGGAGGAUCGUUUUUUGGUGGUGCAGAUGGAAGUAGUGCAGCAUCAUCAACAAGUGCUGGCGGUUCUAGUACAGGAGGACCCUCAUCUGCAGGGUCUAGGAGAGGACCAUCGGUGCAGAGCGUGGGGAGUAGAACCGGUAAUAUUUAUUAUCGAUCCCUGGCUUUUCCGGCAAAAAUCAGAAUGAGCAGAGGACUGAAGGGUGAAGGAAACAACUCGUGAAGAUAGAUACGCAUACGUCUGCUGGAACUCCGCAACUAUAAUACUCAUUCAGUCACACCUUGUCCACAAAAUCAGGUUCCCAUUCCCGCGGCGGCUCGUCUCUCGGCCAAAUAGUAGAGGAAGCAGAUGAUGAGGAAAACGCAGAACUGGAAGCCGAAGCUGCCGAUUUGUGCACUCAGUUUGACGCGCUAGAACGAGAGUCAAGAUUACUACUCGCAGAUAAUUUGCAAGCGCUGAAGAAAAUACACGAAAAGAUAAUCGCGAAAUCGCAGAGGACACCUUUAUCUGAUGUUUCGGGAGGCGUGACGGAAACAGAGUCAUGAUAAGUAGUUGUAGUUGAUUGAAAGAAGUUGAGUCUGACAACUACUAUGUAGUUGUUCUAUUUGCUAUUCACAUCAUCUUCAUCGCUAUUUAGUCAAAUUAAUAUACGUAAAAUGCCGAACAGAAAAACCCUAUUCGACCUAUUCUUCUUGCAAUCUGUUACUGUCGGACUUGUCGAGUGCGCGUUUGCGGUCAUGAUUCAUUCAACAUCUCUAUCUCACUGAUGUUGUCUUAGUCUUGUCAAAUGUCCUCGCUUCAUGCAGCUUACACUUGAGACAUAAAAAUGAACAGGAUUGCACUUGCGCCCCAUUCCAUAACCGAUUUCUCUACGUUUUUAUGUGUCAUCAGCAUAAUGUUAAUGACUUAGAGACGGACUGGGUAUCCUCGACCCAUUCCAGAAAUGGUUUCCAUCCGACAACUUCAUUCUCCCACAC